CCUCCAUCUCUAUCUCUAUCUCCACCUCAGUCAGCGCCGGGAUCGCUCAACGCGAGAAUAGAGGACAUUGUCCCGCGUCUGUUGUCAGUAACCGUCCCGCUCUUCCCUCUUCUUCUCCAGGACACCGCGGUCUCCACAGCCUGCCGUCCCCGCGACCGCGCGCCCCCUGCGCUGCGACGCCCCGCGCCGGGUCGCUCCGGUCGCAUUCCCCUGGAGAGCAGCAGGUUCCUCCCCUGGAAGCUGGAUGAAUCAUUGUGGAGUUGGGAACAAGUGCGAGAAGAAAGCCGAGGCUCGGGAUCUGCCUCCUCGCUGCGUCCAGAGAAGAGAAGAAGACUCGGCCAGAGGGGACGAUCAUGGAGGGGACGUCCCUGUGUCUGUCCUUUGUCAUUUUACUCCUGCAAUGUUCCCCGUCUGUCCCUGUUACCGUGUCGACCACCAAACACAAGGUGGAGGUGCGUGAGUUCUCAGACGCGGUGCUGACCUGCCUGUUCCGCACUGAGCGAGACCAGAGUCCACGCAUCGAGUGGAAGAAGAGGGGCAAAGAUGUUUCCUUCGUCUACUUUGACGGACAAUUCCGAGGUGACCGAAGAGCGUGACUUUGUUUUUCCUG